AUGACAAUGAGAGAAAUUGUUCAUUUACAAACCGGCCAAUGUGGCAAUCAAAUAGGUGCUAAAUUUUGGGAAGUCAUCUCAGAUGAACAUGGUAUAGACUACUCUGGUGCCUACCAAGGUGACUCUGACCUUCAACUUGAAAGGAUAUCUGUUUAUUAUAAUGAAGCAGCGGGUGGAAAAUACGUACCACGUGCCGUGCUUGUAGACCUUGAACCUGGUACUAUGGACUCAGUUCGUGCUGGUCCUUUUGGACAACUUUUCCGUCCAGACAACUUUGUAUUUGGUCAAAGUGGAGCUGGUAACAACUGGGCCAAAGGUCAUUAUACUGAAGGUGCCGAACUUGUAGACUCUGUAUUAGAUGUUGUUCGUAAAGAAGCAGAAUCUUGUGACUGUUUACAAGGUUUUCAAAUAACUCACUCUCUUGGUGGUGGUACUGGUGCUGGUAUGGGUACUUUACUUAUCUCAAAAAUCCGUGAAGAAUAUCCCGAUCGUAUGAUGUGUACUUUCUCUGUUGUUCCCUCACCAAAGGUAUCAGAUACAGUCGUAGAACCAUAUAAUGCUACUCUUUCAGUACAUCAAUUGGUAGAAAAUUCUGAUGAAACUUUCUGUAUCGAUAAUGAAGCUUUAUAUGAUAUUUGCUUCCGUACAUUGAAAUUAAGUACUCCAACUUAUGGUGAUCUCAAUCAUUUAGUAUCUGCUGUAAUGAGCGGUAUUACUACAUGUUUAAGAUUCCCCGGUCAAUUAAAUGCAGAUUUAAGAAAAUUAGCUGUAAACAUGGUACCAUUCCCACGUCUUCAUUUCUUCAUGGUUGGUUUUGCACCAUUGACCUCUAGAGGAUCACAAGGAUACCGUGCAUUGACCGUUCCAGAAUUGACUCAACAAAUGUUCGAUGCCAAAAACAUGAUGGCAGCCUCAGAUCCAAGACAUGGUCGUUAUUUGACUGUAGCUGCUAUGUUCAGAGGACGUUGCUCAAUGAAAGAAGUAGACGAUCAAAUGUUACUUGUUCAAACAAAGAACAGUUCAUACUUUGUCGAAUGGAUUCCAAACAACGUCAAAACCGCUGUAUGUGAUAUUCCACCAAAAGGUCUUAAAAUGUCAGUCACCUUUAUCGGUAACUCCACAUCCAUUCAAGAAUUAUUCAAACGUAUCAGCGAUCAAUUCACUGCUAUGUUUAGACGUAAGGCUUUCUUACAUUGGUAUACUGGUGAGGGUAUGGAUGAAAUGGAAUUCACUGAAGCUGAAUCUAACAUGAACGAUUUAGUAUCAGAGUAUGUAUCAUAG